ACGUGACCGGCUGCAAUCACCGACGCUGGUACCGCCCGCCGGACGGACGAAUCCCCUGCUGCGGGCCAGGGGAGGUCCCUGAGCGGCUCCUCGCCAAGGAGAGCAAGGAAUCUUCACAAUUCCAUCCCAACUGUUUGGAUCCUGGUGCUAACAAUGCUGCCCAAACCUGGGACCUAUUACUUCCCCUGGGAGAUCAGUGAUGGCCAAGUCCCUGAAGGAAGCACACUGCGGACGUUUGGCAGGUUGUAUCUCUAUGACAUGGCUCACUCCCGCGUGACCCUGACAGCACCACAGAAACCCGAUCAGUGUCAGCUGCUUGUCUGCACCAAACUGGUGGAGCCCUUUAAGGCGCAUGUGAACUUCCUGUACAUGGUUCUCGGGGAGCUGGAGCGUAUAGAGGGGGGAGCUUUGGUGUUGAAGGCCCGACUUCUCACCUGUGUGGAGGGGAUGGAUCUGUCCUUGUUAGAAAAAGCCAUCUUGGAGCAGAGGCUCCACCUACAGAAGAGGCAGCAGCCAAUAGGAGACGCCAGCGCCCUGCAAGCCCCUCCACCUGCUCCUCAACCUCUUCCCAGUGACAGCCUUCAUCUGGAACCAGAGAGCAGGGAGCAGGAGCCCCUUCCCCAAACCCUGGACUGUCCAGAAAGCCCACCCAAGCUGGCCAUAGGGGACCAUGCCUGCAAUCCCAGUGCAGGGGAGGGAGAGGCCAGAGGGGGCGGAGUUUAAGGCCAGUCUGAGCUACAUGACACACACGCCAUCUCUCAAAUAAACAAACAAACAAA